AGUAUGGGUUUGUAGUCGUCACUGGUCACGGAGUAGAUGCGAAACAGUUGUCACAACUAUCGAAGUUGGCAAAGACGUUCUUCGCACAACCAAGUGAGGUGAAGGAGCAAAUAGCAGUCGAUGGCGGAUAUGGGUCUGGCGCAGGCUACAAUAGGCUUGGGAAGGAAAAUGUUGAGGCCACGCUAGGGGAGUCAGAUCGCAAUAUGGCGGCUGACUACGUCGAAAGUUUAGUCUUCCACAACUACGGAUGGCCCCCGGAUCCCGAGGUUCCACUGGAAGGGAACUUUAAUGAAGUGAUCAAGACGUAUUGUGCAUCUGUGACUGAGCUGGUGCGAGGGAUGAUGCAACUCACAGCGCAUUCUUUGGGUGCACCACCCACAUUCUUCGACGAGCACUACGAAGGCCUGAAGUUUGAUGGGUUUCUGAAGCUCUCUUGGUAUCCGAAACAGGAUCCUAAACCCAGCCCCGGCCAAAUCAGAUAUGGCUCCCACACCGACUACCAGUGCUUGACAGUCCUGAAAGUGGAAGAUGUACCAGGGCUACAGGUGCAGAUCGGCGGUGAAUGGGUCUCAGUACCCUACAUUGAAGGCGCAUUCAUCAUCAAUGUAGGAGACACACUGAGAAGGUGGACGAAUGGCAUACUGAGCUCCAAUCUACACCGUGUGGUGAACCCAGAGUCACAGUCAGACGACGGCAGACUCAGCAUAGUGUUCUUCACCGGUCCACACAGUGACACCCCCAUCAUCCCCUACGAGGGUUGGAUAAAAAAAGGGGAAACGGCCAAGCAUUCUCCCAUUACCGCAGGCGAGUACCUGGAUAUAAAGAUCUCACGGUCCCAAACCAAUCCUGAUUCGACCGGAUGA